UAUAAGUUCUGUUUUGCAAAGAAGACAGGUUUACCUUCAAUUUUCGGCAAUGGAGUUGUCAAGGAAAUCCCAAGCGAUUGAGACAUUAAUCUCAGCCAUAAUUUUAUUGGGAUUACUGAGUUCGAGUGUGGCAGCAUACUGUGCGGUCCGAUAUGCUGAGACCAUCGAGUUUCCGGCUCUAAAUUGUCGUAAGCACAUUGCGGUUUUGACAGAUUUUGGUGGGGUCGGUGACGGUAAAACAUCCAACACGCAGGCGUUUAAAGCUGCAAUUGCGAAUCUCAGCCAGCUUGCGGCGGAUGGUGGUGCACAGCUCAUCGUGCCGCCAGGUAAAUGGCUAACAGGGAGCUUCAAUCUCACCAGCCAUUUCACCCUCUUUGUUCACAAGGAUGCUGUUAUUCUUGGGGCUCAGGACGAAUCAGAGUGGCCUCUUCUUCCUGUUCUGCCUUCUUAUGGGAGGGGAAGAGAUGCCCCUGAUGGAAGGUUCAGCAGUCUUAUUUUCGGCACCAACCUCACAGAUGUUGUCAUUACAGGUAACAAUGGCACCAUCGAUGGCCAAGGUGCAUAUUGGUGGAAGAAGUUCAAGGAGGAUAAACUGAAUGAAACCAGACCCUACCUGAUUGAAAUCAUGUAUUCCAAUCAGAUCCAGAUAUCGAAUCUGACAUUGAUUAACUCCCCAUCAUGGAACGUCCAUCCCAUAUACAGCAGUGAUGUGAUCAUCCAACACUUAACCAUUCUUGCACCAGUUGAUUCUCCUAAUACAGAUGGAAUAAACCCAGAUUCAUGCACAAACACCAGAAUCGAAGAUAGUUUUGUAGUCUCAGGAGAUGACUGCAUAGCUGUUAAAAGUGGCUGGGACCAAUACGGAAUCAAAUUCAACAUGCCAACCAAGCACCUAGUAAUUAGAAGGUUCACCUGCAUUUCUCCUGACAGUGCCACCAUUGCUCUUGGAAGUGAGAUGUCUGGAGGAAUCGAAGAUGUAAGAGCUGAAGACAUUACAGCAAUUAAUACCCAAUCUGGAGUGAGGAUUAAAACUGCCGUGGGAAGAGGAGCCUAUGUUAAAGACAUUUAUGCUAGAAGAAUGACAUUGAAUACAAUGAAGUAUGUGUUCUGGAUGACAGGCUCUUAUGGCUCACAUCCAGACCCCGGCUUUGACCCAAAUGCCUUUCCUGUAAUCAAAGGAAUCAAUUACAGAGACGUUGUGGCCGAUAAUGUCACCUAUUCGGCAAGACUGGAAGGAAUCGAAAAGGAUCCUUUCACUGAUAUUUGCAUUUCAAAUGUGAAUAUCAAACUGACUAAUAAGCCAAAGGAGUUGCAGUGGAAUUGCACUAAUGUUCAGGGAGUUACCAACCGUGUGACCCCUGAACCAUGUAAUUUGUUGCCUGUGAAGGAAAUAGAUUGUCCCUUCCCAGAGGAUAGGCUGCCCAUUGAAGAUGUCAUGUUGAAAACUUGUUCUAUCAGCGGCAAGUUCUGAGAAUCGUUAUAAUUUACUUGACUCUUAAUGCUUAUAAUCUCAUACCCUUUAUAUC